UGGGUAUGUUAGGAAAAUGUUUUGGUUCAAAACUUAGCUUUUUCUGCCGUAAUUUUAAAACUGCAUCUGCUAUGGCAACUAUAAAGCAACCAGAAGAUCUUCAGUUUGACAAUCUUGCUCUGAAGACUCUUCCAGUUGAUGAGUCAAAGGUACCGGGUUCAAGACAGGUCCGGGGCGCUUGUUUUUCACUGACAGACCCUACACCUCUUGAAAAUCCAAAAUUAGUCGCUUUUUCUGAGAGCGCUCUUAGGCUUUUAGACCUAAAAUGUAAUCCAGACACAGAAGCUAAGUUUUCUGAGUAUUUUUGUGGAAACAAGCUACUGCCUGGGAGUGUUACAGCGUCACAUUGCUACUGUGGGCAUCAGUUUGGUUACUUUUCCGGCCAGCUAGGCGAUGGCGCUGCUAUUUACUUAGGAGAAGUAAUCAACAGUAAAGGAGAUAGAUGGGAGAUCCAGUUGAAAGGUGCCGGACAGACCCCUUACUCUAGAUCUGCUGACGGAAGAAAAGUGCUCCGUUCUACUAUUAGAGAAUUCCUAUGCAGCGAAGCAAUAUUUCAUCUUGGAAUUCCUACAACUAGAGCUGGAACUGUUGUUGUUUCCGAUGACAAAGUGGUCCGAGAUAUGUUCUAUGACGGGAAAGCAAAACUCGAAAACUGUGCCGUGGUUUUGAGACUUGCGCCAUCCUUUUUACGGUUUGGUUCCUUUGAAAUUUUCAAACCAAUAGACCCAGCUACUGGUAGAGGAGGGCCAAGCACUGGAAUGACUGGCAUACUACCAACCAUGCUUCAAUAUGCGCUUGACAAUUUUUUCAAAGAAGUUGACCAGGCUCUUCCUAAGGUUGAGCAAUACUUAGCCAUGUAUAAAGAAGUGUGUGUUAGGACAGCAGCACUUGUAGCAAAGUGGCAAUGUGUGGGAUUCUGUCAUGGCGUUCUAAACACAGAUAAUAUGAGCCUGCUAGGGCUGACUAUUGACUAUGGCCCCUUUGGGUUCAUGGACAGAUUUGACCCCAAUUUCCAGUGCAAUAACUCUGACAACAAAGGUCGGUAUGUAUAUAAAGCACAACCCGAAAUCUGCCAGUGGAACUUGAAAAAGUUUGCAGAAGCAAUACAAGAGUGUCUGCCGUUGAAUGACUCACUGAAGGUACUUGAAGAGUCAUAUUUCCCCGAGUACAAGCAACAAUAUUUAUCAGAAAUGCGGAAAAAAUUGGGACUGGUUAAGAAUCUUCCAGAAGAUGAAGCUUUGGUUGAUAGCUUUCUUAAUACUAUGGAAGAAACUUACGCAGACUUCACAAAUUCUUUCCGUAGUCUCAGUGUAGUGUCUUUACCAGGGGUACAAGACCAUGAACCAAGCAUUGAAACUACUUUGGGUCUUUUGUUAAAGGACUGUAGCAGUUUAGAGAGCGUUAAACUGUUCACUAAAAGUGGGUUCACAAGAGACCAGAUAGAAUCACUGAAACAAGUUGCUGAGCAAAAUCCUGCUUUCUUAUCCAUGAUAGGGGCAAGUGUUCAAGCUAUAGAGGAUGAAGUGCGAAAAAUGGACGCUUUUGAUAAAAUACAAACUCUUUCUGAAGAAGAUCUGCUGAAGAGUAACAAAGAAAAGUGGCAGAGUUGGCUUAAGAAGUAUUGCUCACGACUCAAAAAAGAAAUCACUCUGCAACAAAAUUUACAAGUUUUAGAUGGGCAGCGAAAACAGCUUAUGAACAGUAUUAACCCAAAAUAUAUCUUGCGAAAUUACAUUGCGGAAAAUGCAAUUAAGAAAGCUGAAAAUGGUGACUUUUCUGAGGUGCGUAAAGUUCUUCAAAUGCUAGAAAACCCGUUUCAUGACGAGACAGUUCAGCCAGAUGAAGUUACUGGUAGAUGUGGUUCUGUUGAUUAUAAUGCACCGCCACCAUUAUCAGCUUUGUCUUUAAAAGUUUCCUGAUCUUCAUAAACCCAGGUUGCAAUACCCUUGAAUAUCAAUGUCUGCAGUGUGGAGUAUUCUGUUACUUUUAAAUUUUGUAAAUGCAUAAGCUAUACAGGUGCUCUAAAAUUUUUCGUCCUAAUUCUUUCUUAUAUUGUGUAUAAAUGUAUAUGCUGUUGCUGCCAGGUAUUAUAAGUAUAAAAGAGAUUUUCUGGUAAUCUUAAACGAUUCAAUAAUGUUUGGUCGAAUGGGAUGAAAUGUCGGUUCUUUAAGAUCACAAAACAAACGAUUUCCAGAAGAUCUCUUUCACGCUUAUAGUAUAAUCAAAGAUUUGCUGUAUAAACAAUUAAACACACUGCUGACAUUGAUAUUUUAAAGGAACACCUGGAUUUUCCACAAUAUUGCAAGUUUUUCAUAUUUUUUACAAUCGGUUCUCUUCUGUCUUUACAUGGUAUAUGUUUAACAUAAAUUUACCCACUACCAUAUCCCUUUAAUAUAAAAAUAUGUGCUUACAAUGGCCUAGAACCAUCGUUACUUAUUCUAUUUAAUAGUCAAACAAAGAAAAUUCAACAUUUUGUAAGUUCAAAUUUACUCUAAACUGAGCUCAUUUUUCGAACCAUUUUUUUUAACUUUUAUUCACUUUUUGCUAUCGAAUGACAGUCAAGGCAUUAACUUGUUACAAGCUGCCUUGACUCGAUAAAAUGUUAGUGUUUAGUUGAAUAAAUUGUACAUUGUUUCUGUAUAUUUAAACACUGUUAUUUAAUUAUGCAUUUUUGAUUUUUUUCUUGAAUAAAUUUCUGAUUGUUUGCAAAAUGUUUUACAUUAACAUGCUUCAAAUCAGAACUAAUAAAUAGAUGAAAGUGUA